AAUGCCGAUUGGUUUGCGGCGCGUGCAUCUGAACACUCGAUGCGGACGGAGGCGACAUCUGGUCGCUGUCGCGAACCAGCUAAAAACGUUUCUCCCGUAAGAAGUCACGAAUAGCUGUCUGAAAUCAACAACCGGUGCAAGGAGCGAUUAAAGUGACGCGGUUAUGUACGCAAAACAAUCGCGUCGAACGCGGAAAACGUCUUGAAACAUGUAAGGAGCUGUUACCGUCAGUGCCGCCGUCGCCUUCAAAUUUUCCGUUCCUUUUUGUUCUACCGUCAGCACUGAAAACUAAAAACGUUCGCUCGGCUUCUGGCAACGAGACUUCACGAAUCGAUAUUUAUCUCAUCGGUGACGUACGGUUGUUUCAAGCGCCGAGGCCAAACACGAAUCGACGCACUACGAUGAGCGCGAACAAUGUGCAAGCGAUGUUCGCGUGCUCCAGAUGCUUUUCGAGGCAUCCGUUCGAGGAGCUAUCCCCGGGACAGCAAUUGUGCAAGGAGUGCAGAGGUGCAUUUCCAGUGGUGAAAUGUACGUAUUGUAGGUCAGAAUUCCAGCAAACAAUAAAGGGUAACACGAGCACUAUAUGUAAAAAAUGUGAGCAAAACGUGAAAUCCUACGGUAAGCCAUCGGCCUGUGAAUAUUGCAAUACGAUAGCUGCAUUUAUUGGCAGCAAAUGCCAACGAUGUACUAAUUCCGAGAAACGUUAUGGACCACCGGUUACUUGCGAACAAUGCAAACAGAAGUGUGCCUUUGAUAGACAGGAUGAAGAUAAAAAGGUUGAUGGAAAAUUGUUAUGUUGGUUGUGUACAUUGUCUUACAAACGAGCACUGGCAAAAACAAAACAGUCGGACGCGGAAAGGCGGGCGCAUUUGAAACUGGCACAGCAACGGGCAGCAAAGCACAAAGAACAAAAAAUGAAAGGUCACAAUAAGAGACCGCACAGAGUAGACGUAACGAAGCUGCCGCCGCCUCAGUCGGAAGGCGGCGACACGAACGGCCCUGCGCCGGUCAAAGCAGCGAGGAUGGUCGGCGUGCACGAUCCUCACGAUCCAAACAGUUCGGAUCAUGUGGUCGCGGUCACGCAACUUAAAGAAAAGAUAGCUCACCUUCAGAAGCAAAUCUCCAUCAAGGAUAGCCAACUACUCGCCAAGGAUAGACAGAUCACCGAACUGAAGGCGAAAAACUUCACGUCGGAAACGGAGCUGCGCAACAAAAUGAAGGCAACGGAGAAAGAGUACGAGACCAAAAUCUCGACGAUGCAGCUCAAGAUCUCUAAUCUAUUGAAAGAAGUCGCUUCCUUAUCGAAGAGUUCCAAGCGAGGCGACAGAGUGGCCGCAACGAAAACGGAAGCUGGGACCAACAGUGGAAGCGGAACAGACAGUCCUGUACCUUGAUAAGGUAGGACAUUAUUUCACAUCCUCAUUUAUUCGUUCGUCGAUUUAAUGUCCGAACGAUAUCUUAUUCUACGUUUAUCAUUUUUUAAUUGGUCGGCACAACAUAUCCUUUAACGAUAAUAAAAUGUUUUACAAUCGACUGUACGAGUAUUUAGCGUUUGACAUGGUAUUUUAUUUGCGAUUCGGUGUUCUCGGCUUGCCGAUCGUUUCGUUUCGUUUCGUUCCGGAGCCGAAAAACGUGACGAGAUGGAUUCCGUGUAGUUUUGUUCUGCUUUUAGUUGUGAUCUAGCGUUUUUUUCCAAGUACACGCACGUAACAGUAUAUAUGAUUUUCGCUACCUCGAUCCCAGAUUAUUUUUUUGGAAAGGAAAACGAAACCUUUCAAGAUCUCCGCGAUGGGAUCAGGUCGUCGGACGAGCGGUUUUACGUUCGAAAGUUUGAAAAGCUCGCGUACCAGCAAAUUCCAUUUGGUCUCUCUUUCUUGCUCGUUACCGCGAUCGGUGCUUCGCGAUUGUUCCUCGAGGAGAUCGCGAGCAUAUUUUAAACGAGCGCCGUUCCUACGAGAACAAAUCGGAAAAGAAAGUAGUUGAAACGUGUGAGAUUUGUCCGCGAGAUGAAAGAUUUUUUCUUAAAAUUGUUUUCAGGGACUUGGUUAGCUGUGACAACAUACUCGAAUGUCCAUACCCGCAUAAGUCAUGUGGUACAUUACGUAUAGCUAAUUAUUUCCAUUAACAAGGCAAAAUCUGUAUUAUUUUUCUAAUUAAUAUAGGAAUAUGUAUAUUGUCCUCGACGCGUGUAGACGUGUGAUCUUACGCAUUUUUCUUACGUCCGGGAGAUGAUGACGAGUUGGCUGAGAAAACAGAGACAAAGAAAAGAAAAGAAAAGAAAAAGUUUACGAACAAGAUAAAGAAAAAAAAAGAAAAACAAAACAACUGUUAACGCUCUCGUAAGUUAGGUAGCUUCUCCCAAUAUCCCCGCAGUUUCGUUUCGCCUCGAUCCGCGCGGUUCGUUUCGAUUUCCACGGGCUCGAGCGACCGAGGAAAGACAUUCGUUCCGAUGUGUCGGCUAGGAAAGGAAGCCGCGCGUAAUCCUUUUAAUUGUACAAUAAGAAAGUAAUCGGUGACACGCAUUCGCUUCGACAAGAUACCAAUCUCGCGAGAACCAUGAAAAGUGAACCAAUUCGAUCAACCGAUUAACCCACGGUCGCGAAGGUUGACAUCCUUCGGUAUCCUGGGGUAAUAAAAAAAAAAAAGAAAACGAACAGACUUGUAUAUGUGCAGACACGUGCACACACCAUGAUAAUUGAGCAAUAGUGCUGCUGUAACACAUGUCAUUCUUUUUUUUUCCUAUUUAUAAACGACGAAGAUGUAAACGACGAUGAACCAGGAUAUGGUGAUUGUAGAUCAAUUUACAAUAAAACGUUGAAAAUGA